AUGAUUCGAAACACUCUUUCAAGGAUAUGGGAGGAGAUGAAGCGCGGUCGGUAUAUUUUACCAAGAAAUACCACCAUAGACUAUAGAGGCCGGUUAAUUCAGGAAAGUAGUUGUCUCCCUCUCAUACAAGGACAAGGACUAGUCUUUGAGAGUUUAGGUCAUGUUCCCCGUGCACAUGCGCUCGGAAUUAAGAAACCGCCACAACUAACUAACCCUACGACACACCAAAACAAGAUAGGAAUCUGUGCGUCGUCCAAACAAGGUGGGCAGCGGAGAGCCUCCUCCAGCCUUCUUCUGACGGCACCGAGGCUCUCUCCUCAGCCACCGCAGCAGCAGCAGCAUCAAGACCAUCAUCUACGGGAGCAAUCCAAACGGCAUCAAGAAGAAGAGAUAGAGAAACAUCAUCGUCGCAAUAGCAGCAACAACAACAACAAGAUGAAGGGACUCUUCAAAUCCAAGCCCCGAACCCCCGCCGACGUUGUUCGCCAGACCCGCGAUCUCCUCAUCUAUGCCCAGCGCACCCCCGAUUCCCGCGAAAGCAAACGCGAGGAGAAGAUGUCAGAGCUAUGUAAAAACAUCAGGGAGAUGAAGUCCAUUCUCUACGGCAAUAGUGAGUCUGAGCCUGUCUCAGAAGCUUGUGCUCAAUUGACCCAGGAGUUUUUUAAAGAGAACACGCUUCGACUUCUCAUUAUGUGUCUUCCCAAAUUGAACUUGGAGGCUCGAAAAGAUGCCACUCAAGUUGUUGCAAAUUUGCAAAGACAACAAGUUCAAUCCAAGUUGAUUGCAUCUGAUUAUUUGGAAGCAAACAUAGAUUUGAUGGAUAUUUUAAUCCAAGGGUAUGGAAACACAGACAUGGCUCUACAUUAUGGUGCAAUGCUGAGGGAGUGCAUACGCCACCAAACCGUUGCAAGAUAUGUUUUGGAAUCAGAACACAUGAAGAAGUUCUUUGAUUAUAUACAGCUCCCCAAUUUUGAUAUUGCUGCAGAUGCUGCUGCAACUUUUAAGGAACUCCUGACGAGGCAUAAAUCUACUGUAGCGGAGUUUCUUUCCAAGAACUAUGACUGGUUUUUUGCGGAGUAUAACUCAAAGCUUCUAGAAUCCUCCAAUUACAUUACCAGACGGCAAGCUGUCAAGUUGUUAGGAGAUAUUUUGUUGGAUCGGUCAAACUCAGCUGUGAUGACUCGAUAUGUGAGCUCAAGGGACAACUUGAGGAUCCUUAUGAAUCUUCUCAGAGAGUCAAGCAAGAGCAUCCAGAUUGAAGCAUUUCAUGUUUUCAAGCUAUUUGCUGCUAAUCAAAAUAAACCUGCUGACAUCGUGAGCAUACUUGUCGCAAAUAGAAGCAAGCUUCUACGGCUGUUUGCUGAUUUUAAGAUUGAUAAAGAGGAUGAACAAUUUGAGGCAGACAAAGCUCAAGUGGUGAGAGAAAUUGCUGCCUUGGAACCUAAAGACCACUCAUGA